AUCAGUUUCUGAACGAAACUUCACUUGACAUUUCGUUCGUCGUUUGCUUGCUUUAUUUGAUCGCUUCCAUCAAAUCAUUUUUGAUUACUCACUGUAAUUUGUAAUUGUGUUAUAUCUUACUUUCAACUAAACUAUUAAAGAUGUUCCUAACCCGAUCUGAGUAUGACCGCGGUGUCAACACGUUCAGUCCGGAGGGAAGGCUGUUCCAGGUGGAAUAUGCCAUAGAAGCUAUCAAAUUAGGGUCGACGGCGAUAGGAAUUUGCACUUCGGAAGGAGUUGUCCUGGCAGUUGAGAAGCGUAUCACGUCUCCGCUUAUGGAGCCAACUACUAUUGAGAAGAUCGUGGAAGUUGAUCGCCACAUCGCUUGCGCCGUCUCAGGCCUAAUGGCUGAUUCCAGAACACUAGUAGAGCGCGCGCGUGUGGAGUGCCUGAACCACUGGUUUGUGUACAAUGAACGCAUGAGCGUAGAGUCGUGUGCGCAGGCCGUGUCCAACCUCGCCAUCCAGUUUGGGGACAGUGAUGAUGACAGUGGUACGGCCAUGUCUAGGCCUUUUGGUGUUGCUGUUAUGUUUGCAGGCAUUGAUGAGAAGGGGCCUCAACUGUUCCACAUGGACCCCAGCGGCACAUUUGUGCAGUAUGACGCUAAAGCUAUUGGUUCUGGCAGUGAAGGUGCUCAGCAGAGCUUGAAGGAAGUAUACCACAAGUCCAUGACCCUGAAGGAAGCCAUCAAGUCCGCCCUCACCAUCCUCAAGCAGGUGAUGGAGGAGAAACUGUCGGAGAGCAACGUGGAGGUGGUCACCAUGACGCCCGACGCCAUGUUCCACAUGUACUCCCGCGAGCAGCUGGCCGAGGUUAUCAAGGACAUACCUUAAGUAGAUAGAUGGUUGCUGGUGUGGUCAGACCUAUAUUACGUCUACUAUGAGGUCAAUGCGGGGUAGACCGUUUUGGGCAAGAACUCUCGUAUGUGUAUACGUACAGUCGCCAUCAGAUAUAUCGGAGCGGCCAAGGCGUUCACAAAUAUCUGAACACACACUCUAACGCUUAGAUAAUAGAGGCGUGUUCAGAUAUUUGUGAGCACCUUGGCUGCUCCGAUAUAUCUGAUGGCGACUGCACAUCGCUCAGACACAGUCAGAAGAGCUUCCCUCCUGCUCUACUGACCUUCUGCAAGUGGAGUAUGUAUACAGUCAAUGUAUGAAAUAUACACACGGACAAAGUGCUAAAAAUAUGUAAACACUGCCUUAAAGUAUAGGCAAUAAGGUCGAGUAUACAUAUUUUUGGCCCUUUGUCCGUGUCGAUAUUUAAUACCUCGAAUGUACAGUCACGGACUUUAAUUUUUGAGCCAUUUAGGGUUAACUUUACAUUGGAUAUAUCAUACCAUUAGUAUUGACAACCAAAUUAGUGAAAAAUGGCCCAUCAAUUAAAGUCCGCGAGUUAGGGCUUAUUUAGACGGUGCGAAAACUCGCAUGCGAGUUUCAUUACAUUGCGGGAUUGGAUCGGUCGGUUGAAUUGGAUGUAACCUCAAUAGUCCGCAAUGUAACUAAAAUCGCAUGCGAUAAUGAGUCCUUAAAAUUGAUGAAAGAGCUUGUAGACGGUCUUCUCCACGUUGACCUUAUAUGGUCUGUUUUUUUAGAUUUUUCAGAGGAUGUUAAUAAAUAAAAACAUGUGAUUCAGUCAUUUAACUAAUGAUAUCAACAUUUUGUAUUUUAGCUGAAUGACCGCGUCGCGUAUUGUUUACAUUCUUUAAAAUGUUUAAAAUAACAGGUUAAAGAUUUGUAUAUUUUCUUCGCGUGAAAACAAUACAGAUACUAUUUAAUAGUAUGAGUAAUAAUCUUAAAAUGAAAGUAAUAUGAUUGUCAAAAAUAUUGAGCAAAGGAUUUAUGAUACACAGAGCAAUCGGAAAUCCUUUGUAAUCUGGAUAAAAUCUCGGAAUUAAUGGCCACACCAAAAACCAGUGUAUUGUAAUUAGAAGUAAUAUUUGAAGUAAAUUGUAUUUUAGUAGCUAUCAAACAUAUGUUGAUUGUUUAUACAACUUUACUCUUUAUUGCAUUUAUGUUUAUAUGUAAUGUAUAAACUUAUAAUAAUAAAAAACACACCCAACCACUUAACAUACAAACAUUUUUUCUUAUAUUCUCAAAUACAAAAAUCAUCAUUUUUGGAAUGUAAGUAUCAUGAUUAUUAAGGCCCUCAGUUUUGCUUCGGGCUUCUAACAUGCCCCUUACGUCCCAUAACACACAAUGUAAUAUUAUAUUCCGAUAUUGUACACAUUCGAUAAAUUAUAUUUAAUGCAGUUUAUUUUAAAUAUUGCUUACACGGGUGUCGGAGUACACUAUCUUACUGUAAGUAUUCUUUUAAUACAAAAUACAUCAACUUUAAUACAA